UUUACCCAGCAUUCAUAAUGGAGAAACAAGGCACUGAAGUUGAUGAGAUUACUUUUGAAAGAUUUGGCAUUGAAGUGAAAAGUGCUGAUUAUACCAUCCAGAAUUUGAUGUCUCAGCCAUUAGGAGACUGGGGUAUCACCAAGACUGGUCUUGAUAGCCUUACUUCUGAAAAUAAUUUGAAAGGAUCUGUCCUCUUUGAGAUCAAGGAUUAUAAAAAUAUCACACAACCAAAGCAAAGAUUUGAAGAUGACAGAAGCCAGGAAGUAGAUGAAGACGAGCUAGCAAGAAUCAGCCAGAAAAACUUUUCUUCAUACUUAAUGAGUAUCAGUGAUGGAAUGAGGGAUGCAAAGCUGCUUAUUUUGCAAGAUAUGAGCCAGCUUGAGUUCUUCAGGACUCCUAUUCGUCCAGAUAGCAAGUAUUGAGUUAAAAAUGCCCCUUACAUCAAAAAUACGCUCAUUAUCAGGGAAGAUACUCAGAUCUCACUAAUGUAUGAAGGUGAAGGAGUGAUUCUUGGAGAGACAAAAGAGAAAGAGACAACUGGACUUAAUAUCAAAGACACUGGAGCUCCAAAAUUUGUUGAGUUGUAAAAUUCGUGCAUUAUCCAAUCAAACCGCUAUCUUCAACCAUA